AUGAACCCUAGUCGUCUCUUUGAGCUGUUGACGGCCACUGAAGUGCUGACAACCCUUCUCUUGGCAGUUACCUACUCCCCGGUACCCUGCUCCCAGGGUGCCUAUGCUCCCCAGUUAUCUGCUCCCCAGUUUUCUCUCCAGGCAUCCUGCUCACAGUUACCUACUCCCCAGUUACCUAUACUCCGGGCAUCUUGCUCCCCAGAUACCUAUGCUCUCCCGGGCAUCUAUACUCCCCAGUUACCUAUACUCGUUACCGAUACUCUCAGGCAUCUGCUCCCCAGUUACGCCUGCUCCCAGUGCCCUACUCUCAGCAUCUAUUCUCCCCAGUUUACCUAUACUCAGUUGCUUAUACUCUCAGGCAUCUUCUCCCCAGUGCCUAUGCUCCCCAGUUACCUAUAUCUCCAGUUACCUAUAUCUCAGGCAUCUUUCCCUGAUUACCUAUGCUCCCCAGUUGCCUAUACUCCAGCUACCUGCUCCCCAGUUACCUAUAUUCUCCAGGCAUCUUUGCUCCCAGCAUCUGCCUCCCCAGUACCUAUACUCUCUCAGGCAUCUACUCUCCCCAGUGCCUACUCUCGCUCUGCUCCCAUUGCCUGCUACUACUCCAGCAUCUACUCCCAGUACCUGUCCUCCGGCAUCUAUGCUCCCCAGUUACUGUACUCUCCAGGCAUCUAUGCUCCCCGUUGCCUGCCUCCCCAGUGCCUAUACUCUCAGGCAUCUGCCACUCCCCAGUUACCUACACUCUCCAGCAUCUGCCCAGUUACCUAUACUCUCCAGGCAUCUAUACUCCCCAGUGCCUCUCACUCUCCAGGCAUCUCUCCCCAGCCUUCUGCUCUCCAGGCAUCUUUACUCCCCAGUGCACUCUUUCCCCAGUGCCUUACUCUCCAGGCAUCUACUCCCAUUGCCUAUGCUCUCCAUUACCUAUAUACUCCCCAUUUUACUUCUCUGGGCAUCUAUAUUCCCAGUUACCUAUACUCCCCAGUGCCCUGCUCUCGGUACCUACCUGUCCCCGGUGCCUAUACUCUCCAGUACCUAUACUCUCCAGGCAUCUAUACUCCCCAGUUACCUAUAUCCCCAGUUACCUACUCUCCCCAGUUACUACUCUCUCCAGGCAUCUAUACUCCCCAGUUACCUAUACUUCCCAGUCCUGCUCUCCGGCAUCUACACUCUGAUUCCUGCUCCCCAGUUACCUAUGCUCUCCAGGCAUCCUAUGCUCUCGGUGCCUCUACUCCCCCAGUUACCUAUACUCUGAUUACCUAUAUCCCCAGUCCCUAUACUCUCCAGGCAUCUGCCUCCCCAGUUACCCUACUCUCCAGGCAUCUCCCCUCCCCCAGUUACCUAUACUCUCCAGGCAUCUGCUCUCCCCCAAUUACCUAUACUCCCCAGUUACCUAUGCUCCCCAGUGCCUACUCUCCAGGCAUCUAUACUCUCAUUGCCUAUGCUCCUCCCGGCAUCUCUCUCCCCAGUUGCCUGUUCUCUCCCGGCAUCCCCGCCUCCACGGUGCCUAUAUACGUACCACCUGCUCUCCCAGUUACCUAUACUCUCCAGGCAUCUGCCUCCCCAGUACCUACUACUCUCCAGGCAUCUGCUCUCCCCAGUGCCUACUCUCGCUCUGCUCCCAUUGCCUGCUACAUACUCCAGCAUCUACUCCCAGUACCUAUCCUCCGUUACCUAUAUACUCAGGCAUCUGCUCCCAGUACCUACUCCCCAGUUGCCUAUACUCAGGCAUCUAUGCUCCCCGGUGCCUGCACUCUCCAGGCAUCUAUAUUCCCCGGCAUCCCACUCACAGUUACCUGCUCCCCGGUGCCUACUCUCCCCAGUACCUAUACUCUCCAGUACCCUGCUCUCCGAGCAUCUUUACUGCCCAGUAUCCCUACUCUCCCGAGCCUCUAUACUCCCCAUGCCACCCCAGUGCCUGUUCCUCAGUACCCUGCUCUCUCCAGUGCCUGCAGCAUCUCUCCCCGGUACCUGCCUCUCCAGUACCUGCUCUCAGUACACCUGCCUCUCCAGGCAUCCUGCCUCGGUACCUGCCACGUACCUGCCACGGUACCUGCCUCUCCCGGUACUUGCCUCUCCAGGCAUCUUUACUGCCCGGUGUCUGCUACUCUCCCGGGCCUCUGCUCCCCGGUACCUAUGGUCCCCAGUUACCUGCUCUGCAGUGCCUAUGCUCUCCAGUGCAUCUGCUCCCCCGGUGCCUAUAGUCCCAGUGCCUGCCUCUGUGGUACCUAUACUCUCCAGUGCAUCUAUACUCCCCAGUGCCUCUCUCUCCAGUGCAUCUAUACUCCCCAGUACCUGAGCCCAGUUACCUAUACUCUGCAGUUGCCUGUGUCUCCAGGCAUCCCUACUCCCCAGGCAUCCUAUGCUCUCCAAGCAAUGC